AACUGAGUGCUGGGCUUUGGCGCCAAAUCUCUCUCACUCUUGGUAACUGCAAUGGCGGUCUGCAAAACCCUAGUCCGAACAUCGAUCUCCUCCGUAGCUUCCACUCUCCGAAGCAACAGAUGGAUCUUAUCAUCCUCCAUCUCUGUACCCAAUUCACCCACUCUCUGCUUCUCUACUUCCCUUUCCUCUAACCAUGGUUGUCCAGGGCUAAGAUUGGUGCAGCACCACAGAGCUCCUUCAAGAAGUUAUGCCGCCAUUUCCGUUGAACCGGCCGAUUCAAACGACGAGGCUCAAUUCGAAACCCUAACACAAGAGGACAACGUGGAGCACUUGCUCACUCACAAAGACGACGUCGUUCAGCUCAUGAAGAUGGAACGACGGCGUAUUGAUUUCGAACAACAACAAAAACCACCCAGUGGCGGUGGGUGGUUCCCUUACCUGGACCGAUUCAAGUGCGGGAACUCGUACCUGAGCAGCGGCGAGGUACUGGAAGCACUGGGACCACACAUAAUGGAUUCGAGGAAGGAUAGGUUUAGGAAUGUGGUGAGGAAUCGGAGCUACUCGGUCUGUCUGGUGGUCGAAGGUCUCACUGAUUUUGGAAACGUUUCGGCUGCGUUUCGAUCUGCCGACGCUCUUGGGUUUCAGUCCGUCCAUGUCGUCGCCUGCGACAGCUCCAAAAGGUACAGAGAAAAUCGCCAUGUUAGCAUGGGGGCGGAGAAAUGGUUGGAUAUUGAACUAUGGGAUUCCAUUCAAGAGUGCUUUGAGGCUCUCAAAUUGCGUGGUUAUCGAAUUGCCACUACCCAUGUUGGAAUGGAUGCGGUGUCCGUCUAUGAUAUGAAUUGGUCUUCUCCAACUGCAAUAGUAGUCGGCAAUGAAAGCAAGGGGAUAAGUGAUGAGGCCCUGGCAUUAUCAGACUUGCAUUGUAGCAUUCCAAUGAAUGGCAUGGUGGACUCAUUCAAUGUCUCAGUUGCUGCAGGGAUCCUUAUGCACCAUGCUGUAUGUGACAGAACUUCUCGCCUGGGCUGUCAUGGUGAUCUUACGCCGGAAGAAAGUCAAAUUCUUUUUGCAGAAUUUUCGUUACGUCAUAGCAGAAGUUCAAUUAACAUCGCUUAUGAGUAUGCCAAGAGGAAGUCAACUCUGCUUACUCCAAAGCUUUGAUCGACCUCUUUUUGUAUGCCUUUACUUGGGAUUUUCAAGAGAUUCUCAAGAAUCCUGACCUCAGUCCUCAGCCAUAUCUGAAAGGAAGUGACCACAAAGUGGCGACCAGUCAUAGACCUAUUUAAAGUGCUCAAUAGAAUCAAAAGAAAUGUCGAGAACUGUAAGAACUUGACAAGUGAAGUUUGGCCUUAGCUUUAUAGCUAAUGGUGGUGUACCUAGAAGUCAGGUUCAGCAUGUGGAAUGCUAAACAUUAUUAUUAGGCACUUGUGCUGUUCUAUUUUGUAUUUUGUUAUUAGGGAACUUUAGUGUUACGAGUUCGAGAAACUGACGUAUUACUCUCAAAAUUUACUGAUGAAAGAGAUCAAACCAUAGCUAUUAAAUUAGCAUUAGAUUUUAGUAUCUUAA